AUGGAAGCCUUUCCGCCAUGGCUGGGUUUCACGUUUACUUCGAAAGUUCAUAGCGCUCCAACGCCCGACAUCGAGGAAAUCAAGCUUCCGCGCCCCUACGUUGUGGUCAUUACAGGUGCCAGUCGUGGAAUUGGGGCAGAGACUGCCAAAAUCUUCGCCUCCGCAGGCGCGACCGGGCUGAUUCUCACAGCUACCACCCUAUCCAAAGCACUUCUCUCUACCAAAGCCCAAGUGGAGACUCUCGCGCCCACAGCCAAAGUCACAGUUCUAGCCGCCGACCUCUCCAACCCUGAUAGUGCCUCAAGCAUCUACGAGGCAGUUAAAUCAGACCACCGAGGCCGUCUAGACGUGCUCAUCAACAACGCGGCCAUCGCCAGCACCAACCCCACCGCCUUCAACCAACGCGAUCUAGCUGCCAUAGACGUAUCCCAAAUCAUCGACCCGUUAUUCGUCAACGUCGUCGGAAAGUUCGCCACAUUCAAAGCCCUCAUACCUCUGUUGCUCGGCACGGACGGCGCAAAAACAAUCAUCAAUUUAUCAAGCGCAACGGCGCGUUUCGCUAGCGCGGGUGCACUUGGUUACAAUCUUUCCCAACUCGCCACAAAUCGUCUAACGGAAGCGCUCACUGAAUGCUACGGCGAUCGUGGGGUCCUCGUAUUUGCUGUACAUCCGGGACUAGUAACGACCACGCCCUCUCCGGGUGAACCUGUUGGUGAGUGGCCAAAGAAUGAUGACGCUGGGCUCUGCGGGGCUUUUAUAUUGUGGCUGUUGAAGGAAAGGAAAGAGUGGUUGAGCGGAAGAUAUUUGAGUGCGAAUUGGGAUGUUGAGGAGCUAGCUGGAAAAAAGGAUGAGAUUGUUGCUGGGGAUAAACUGAAGAUGCGUAUGGUGGUUUAAGUGAGGCCUCCAAAUCUUUCAAUUU